GGUAGGUUGGAUCGUCAGUUAGCCAGUGGAAUUGAUGAACGCUUCUUUGAUAUAAAUAAGAUAGCUGAAGAGGCUCGUGACAAACAAGUGAGAAAGCUCCAAGGUUAGUUACAAUGAAGCAACGAAAGGAAGAAAGUGAUGUUUAUGAAUCAAAGGUAGUGGUGGUUCCACUUCCAAGGUCACCACCCCCACUUCCAAAAUUUCGCGUCUUCUCAACAACAAGAAGACCAGAAGAGAGUGUGACAAAGCGAGAAAUUGCCACGUUUUGGAGGCAAAAGAGGAUUGAGGAGGAGGACCAUUUCCUUGCUGCUAUCAAAGCUGCUGCUAGACUCCGUGCACGCAAUCUCACGAAGGAAGAGUACGAGAGCUUCGAGUUGUCCUUGAAGAGUGAUGAUGAAGUCAAGGAAGAGAGGGUCAAAUGGAUUGAAGGGACAAAUGAUUAUUGCAAAACAGUUGCCAGUGACAAGGAAGUGCGCGUCGGAAUAAAAGAUUGGUGGACAAAAAGCAAAUAUGCAUAUUUGAAUCAACCAGCCAUAGAUUUCAUGGAUCCUCCUAAGAAACGAACCUCUACUUAUGUUCCUAAUUGUCUUUCGUACCGGCCCAAGCCUUUGUAUCCUACUGCUAUUGGUGUCUUUUAAGCCACGCGCCAUUCCACUGUUGUUGUUACACCUGUUAGUUUCCAUGUGCAUGUUUUCAUUUGUCA